GGAGGAAAGAUAUAUAUUUGUAGCUUCUUUGUACUUUCAGGUAAACAAGGAAGAGGAACUGGGAUAAUAGCAGUUGAAGUCUUGCCAUUUAAAAACAGCAUAAUGAUCUUCAAACACGUGUCACACAUUCAUGUCGUUUACCGUUGGUACCCUGCAAGCUCAAGAAAUGGAAACAACUGGAAGAGAUGAGGUAUAUCUUUACCAUUUAACCUUGCACUGAAUGAAACACAUUCACACUGACUGAUAACAGUGUUUAUAGUUGUUUUUGUACUUACUCACAUUAACAGGAUCCUGAUACAGGAGAUUUAAAUCAAUAAUUUGAAUGGUUGAACUUGUGCACUGCAGCUGUAAAGGAGGUAAGUGAUGGAAGUAUAGAAUUUCUAAUGCCAUGACAAUGAAGUGAAAAUGCUGCUUUAUGUAGAAAUUUGAUGUACAAAAACACUAUAUAUAUAAUAAAAUACUGUUUUACAUUCUGAAAAUAUAUAAUGAAUAUAUUUUAAGUACAAACAGCUAAAUAUAGAAACUUGGACUUUAAUACUGUGAAAGUAUUAAAACUAAACUAUAAAUUGAAGUGAAACUGCUGAAAAAGGUUGAUCAGUCAGUUAAACUCAUCGGUUAAAGAAGAUAUCAAUUGAAGCGCUAUAGGAAUUGUAAAGUGUUGAACAAUAAAAGUUGUCGAGCGAUGUUGAGUGAAACCAAAGUUUAGUAUCUGCUAUAAAAAAGGAUUUCACAGCCAGAAACAUUACUGUUUAGGUUCAGCCUCACCGGUCUCAUUAGCCCUGUUUCCAGACAGCUUUUCAGUGAAACCUUCUAAUAAAUCCACUGUGGCAGCACCAGACAGCAGACACCAGACAGACAGACAGACAGACAGAGUAGCUGGCGAGCAUUUAGGAGCUAGAGAGCCGGAUAUGUUGCUCAGCAGUUGGUGGAGAGCAAAACAGAGCUAAAAAACAAAGUGAAGAAAUAUCCAAAAUAAUGUUAAUUAAUGUCGCCCUGUGCAUUGUUGCUUGUUGCGCUGCCUUCAAUUAGCCAUCAAUUCAAUUGUGCAGUCACAACAAAGCUAACUCAGUGCUCUCUGCCUCUGUAUGGCAGUACGGCCUGCUGGUUAUAGUGUUCAGUGUUCAGUGUUUCUGACUUGGAAUUAACAAGUAUUGACUUAAACAUUGCUCAUAGAGCAAAUAUAAAUCUGUGGCAGCUGUUCAAAACUGUAAGUCUGAGUGGGCACUAGUUUCAUAGUGAAAUUAUACCAUGGGUCUAAGGUCUGAAAAACAGUCACACUUAGAGGGAAGACACUGUUAAGCGUUCAUUUCCCACAUUCUUGUAAACUUCCUCAUUACUUUAAUCACAAACCAAGGUCUGUGGCUGUGCCAGAUUUAGCUCUGCAGUGUCACACUGAGGUAAUCACAUGCCUGUGUGAAGAAAUAACAAAGACCUCAACAGAAACUCCUGACUUUAUUAUUUCUGAACAAAAGGUGCUCUGGAGAGUUUAAUUUAUCAAGAAGCAACCAACACGCUGCCUGACUUGCCUCGUCUUUUCUCUGCAAAUUCACCUGAAACCUGAUCUGCGUAAAUAAGGCGAUCCUUCAGCUUUAUCAGCUCAUGCAUGACACCAGGAAGUUCAUGCACAUGGCUGAAGGUGAAGCACACAACAGUGGGCUUUCAGACACAAAUAUGCUGGAGUUUCCCCUGGGUGUGGAAGAGUGGAAGGGACGAGGAGAGAGGAGGUGGGGGAGUGACGGAGGAAUGAAUGUGAAAACAGAGAUGAGACACUGAAUGCUUGGAGUGAGAACUGAUGAGGACACUGUAACUAAAAGACUCAGCCAUGGCCAGCUUCCUCUACUACGGAGAUGAACACAACUGCACCAACGUGGACCACCUGCUGAAGCGCUAUUACCUCCCAAUCUCCUACGGCGCCAUCUUCGUCGUGGGCCUGGUGGGCAACGUGACCUCCAUCGGCAUUUACCUGACGAAGCUACGUCCCUGGAAGAGCAGCAGCAUCAUCAUGGUCAACCUGGCGCUGACCGACCUCCUCUACGUCCUCAGCAUGCCCUUCCUGGUCUACUACUACAGCAACGGGGACUCGUGGACACUCGGCGACUUCAUGUGCCGCUUUGUGCGCUUUGGGUUUCACUUUAACCUUUAUGGGAGCAUCCUCUUCCUCACGUGUCUCGCAGUUUUCCGCUAUGUGGUGGUGUUGAAGCCUUUGAUGGCGGCGCAGGUGCAGCAGAAGUUUUGGGGCAUAAUGGCGUGCUCGGCCGUCUGGAUCCUCGCCGCCAUCGAAAUCACACCCAUGUUGACGGUGAUAUCCUUGGAGAGGCACGACAACAAGACCUACUGCAUGGACUUUGCUAGCACCAUAUCCAAUAAGACCAACAAUGACUUGCGGUGGUACAGCUGGAUGCUCACCGGUCUCGGCUUUCUACUCCCCCUAGUGGUGGUGUUCAUGUGUUACAUCGGUAUCGUGAAACAAUUGGCGAAGGGGCCACACACGGGCAGUCCUCGCCGGAUGCGGGCACGGCGUGUAACCGUGCUGAUCAUGGUGGUGUUUGUUGUGUGCUUCCUGCCAUAUCACUUCUUGCGUACGUUGCGGAUAGAAACUCGAAGUAUGCCAGCGACGCCGUGCAUGGUGGAGCGCAUAGCACAUGCAGCAUAUAUUUUCUCCAGGCCUCUGGCUGGACUCAACACGUUCUUUAACCUGGCUCUGUACACUCUAUCAGGUGAUAGGUUCAGGAGGGCCUUCCUCAGCACUUUUUACUGGGAACACUGGCGGACCAAGGCCAGGUCGCUGCUCCAGCUGGCCGUCGUCAACAAGCCUGGCAGUGGCAUGCCUGCUGUAUGACUGACAACCAGUAUUUUCUUCCUUUAAUCUCUCUCUGACUCACGCUGUGGACAAACAGUAAACUCACUCACUCAGACAUGAUGUCGGGAAGGUUGCUUCACUGUGUGUCUCACACAGACAAUAAGUAGGUUGAGUUUGUCUUGCCCAAACUGGGUGCCAACACCUGAAGUGUAAAUAUAAGUGACCAAAGCUGUAAAGCUGAAAGAAGUGCUUGAUGAAUUAGACCUUUGUCCUAAUCUUUUCUUUCCCUUCCUGGAAAUCACGUGACUAUAAUUUACCUGACAAACAAUGUAAUGGAUUCUUUUGUUUGCAGACAUUUCCUUCGCUAUAGAAGAUGGAAGUGAGCUUGCAGUGCUGAUCUGUGGGGUUCCUUUUACUGUAUCGUGUUUGUGAUUUUCAUGAAAGGUUUCAGCACACAUUGUAUAUUUCACAUGUAUAUAUCUCAACUGUGAAUCUGUGAAACAAUGACAAUUAUUGCAGACAUUCACGUCUUCCUCAGGAGGAAUUGUACUGUAUCACUUUUAAUCUACGGCCAUCAUUGUAUAAAAAUGUACUAUUGUUUAUGUAAGAUAUAUCAAAUGUGGCUUCCCAUAAGCAUACUGUAACUAGUUUUUAGCAAUAAUUUGCAUAAUAAUUAUAAACUUAGUAAGUCUAAGUGUGUCUUUAAUAAAAACUUCAUGUCAUGUAUCAGAAUUAGAAAUACUUUAUUGGUCCCUGGGAAUAAAUGUGUUGCCUUACAGAUGCUCAAGUUACUACACAAAGACAUAAUAAUGUUAAAAUAUGUACAUUAAAUUACAAUAAAAAUAUAAAUAUAAAA